UAGGAAGAGAGAGUAAAUAUUUGAGGCGUCAUUUUCGUGGUUGGUUUCUGGCGUCUGGUGGGGAGUCGGCUUUGGUUGGUAUACCAGAUCCACUCGUAAGUCACAACCCAUGAGCUAUUGACCUACCCCAUUCUCAUUUCAACACCCACAUCAGAUAUCAAACACUCUCCUACUUCUGCUCCCCCAGUUCCUCAGGAUCGAUAGAAACAAAGCUAACAUGAAUCCCAUGGAGUUCAUCGAGUCACUGGAUCCUCAGAUCCUUGUGGGUGUAUCUGUUGCUUUUGUCGCCAUUGUGGUUGCGGCUUUUCUCUUCUCCUCCAAGAAGCCCAAAGGUUGCUUAGAUCCCCAGAAUUUCAAGGACUUCAAACUUGUCAAGCGUACACAACUGAGCCACAAUGUGGCAAAGUUCAAAUUUGAGCUUCCGACACCGACUUCAAUUUUAGGUCUUCCAAUUGGACAACACAUAAGUUGUAGGGGCAAGGAUGGCCAAGGGGAAGAGGUUAUAAAACCUUAUACUCCAACUACAUUGGAUUCUGACGUUGGAUACUUUGAACUAGUGAUAAAGAUGUAUCCUCAAGGAAGAAUGUCACACCAUUUCCGUGAGAUGCGUGUUGGAGAUCAUCUUGCUGUCAAGGGACCCAAGGGCCGUUUUAAGUAUGUGCCUGGCCAAGUCAGAGCUUUUGGGAUGCUUGCUGGAGGCUCUGGAAUAACUCCAAUGUUUCAGGUUGCUAGGGCAAUAUUAGAAAAUCCAAAAGAUAAAACAAGGGUUCACCUGAUCUAUGCGAAUGUGACCUACGAGGACAUUCUUUUGAAGGAUGAGUUGGAUGGCCUUGCUAGUACUUAUCCUGAUCGUUUCCAAAUCUACUACGUACUGAAUCAGCCUCCUGAAGUAUGGGAUGGUGGUGUUGGAUUUGUCUCAAAGGAAAUGAUUCAAACCCACUUGCCAGCCCCUAGCCCUGAUAUUCAGAUCCUGAGAUGUGGUCCGCCACCCAUGAACAAGGCCAUGGCUGCUCAUCUUGAAUCACUUGAAUACGAACCUCAUAUGCAGUUUCAGUUCUGAUCCUUUCUUUUGGUCCUUUUCCAACACUACGAUAAGCUUCCAUGGUUAAGAGUUUGUAAUCCUGUGCAUUGGAGCAAAGUGAAUUUGACUAAUUCUUGCUAGUAUGAAAAAAUUCACGGUUUCCUUGGCUGCGGUACUAAAAUAUUUGAUGAUGUUGGAGCAAAUCAACUAUGGUUUGAAUGUGACAUUUCCUCGAA